CCUGCCGUCCCGGCCGUUCCUCCCUAUGCCGUUCCUCCUCCCGCUGGAACUGCUCCCGUUGUUCCUGCUCCCGUCGGCACUGCCCCGGCCGGAUCCCCGGUGUACACUCCCCCGGCUAACCCCCCGGUUGUGUCCCCCGCUCCUCCUUCCGGCACCAACCCUGCCGGUCCCCCGGCUGGUGGUAACCCCGGCGUCCCUAGCGGCGUUCCUCCCGUCAGCUCUGCUGGCCGUGUUGGUGGCAGCAUGUUCGCCGUCCUGGCCGCUGCUGCAGUCUUCCUUUUGUAA